AUGGCCCUAAAAACGAAAUAUUCAACAUUGCCUGGCCUUGAUACUGGGAAAGAUGUUUAUGAAACACCUGAUUUUACGGAGGAACCAUUGGCACAAUCAUAUUCAUUAUCAGCUGAAGAAGAGAUGGUGAAUGAAGAUAUUAGCAGUGAUAAAUUGAACUUGGAUAUGGCGAAAAAUAGGUUUUUAAAGGAACAAGUCAAUGCAGAAGAAUAUAUGUCUUUAAAAGAUUUUUCUGGAAGAAUUGGACAAAAAAGUGGAAAAUCAUAUGUAACAAAGAAUUUUCAUAAUUAUGGGGUGAUUGAAGAGACAGUGGAGGAAAAGUUAGCACGUUUGAAGCGGGAAUUAGAAGAGGUUAGAGAGGAGUUGAAUUCUAAAAAAUUAAAAGAUGGUUCUAUGAAGGAUCCGUCAUUGAAUAAGAGUUUUGCUGAUUUAAAUGAGUUGGAUUUUCAAACUUCAGAGCUUCAGAAUAAGACAAAUAAGAGUGCAAUUGCAAUUCUUGCAAAAAGGCUUGAAGAAUUUAAUUCCCUUGGGCCUUUAACCGAUGAGGAGAAAAAUGUUGCGGCAAAAACGGAUGAUUCUUUGGCAAAUCAGUCAUUGAAGUAUACAUUUAACUACAAUCCUAUGUCUAAAGGGAAGCAUAAGGAAUCCGAUAUAUCAGAUUUAGAGAGUCGGUUAACAUCAUUAGAAAAGUCAUUAGGCAUUAAUAAUAUGUAUUCAUAUAUGUUAAAAGCACCUAUUUUGCCAACCCUUUCUCAUUUAAGUAAAAAGAUAACAUUGUUGACGUCAAGUCAAAAUUAUAUUGAUUCAAUUACAAAAAAAGUAAAAGAUUUGGUAACAGAAAUGGAAAUAUUAUCUGAAAAAAAAUCAAAAAUGGAUCCUGAAACAAAUGAAUCAACCUCAAUACUUCAGGAACAGAAAAUAGACGCUUUAUAUUCCAGUUUGGAAACUAUUGAAAGCAUUUCUCCAAUUCUCCCAAACUUAUUGGAUCGAUUAAAAGCAUUACGUACGAUUCAUGCUGAUGCUGCUACUGUAACAACUGGUCUUAAAGAUUGUACUGAACGUCAAUAUAUUAUUCAAAAGGAGCUUGUUGAAUUAAAAGAAGCUCUUGAACGAAUUGAAUUUGUUAUUAAAGAAUCAAAAGAUACUAUUCAAUCUAACAUGAAAGAAAUUGAAAAUAUGGUUAAAGAACUUGAGCAAAAAAUAGAACAAACCUAA